AUGGUAAGUUGGUUUGAGGCAGAACGUAUCAAAGUCAUUGUGAAAGAGAUAUCAAAUAAAUUAUUGAGUAAUACAUUCUCAGCAGGUACUGUUGGACUAGUAGGAAUUAAAACCCGAGUUGAGAAAUUGAAGUCACGCUUAGCUAUGGAGUCAAAUGAUGUUCGCAUUAUAGGAAUUUGGGGGACAGGAGGAAUGGGUAAGACAACUCUUGCUAGAGUUGUUUAUGGUAUGAUUUCCAAUCAAUUUGAAGAUCGCUGUUUUAUUACUAAUGUUAGGAAAGAAUCUGAAAAAUGUGGUUUACUUAAGAUACAAGAAAUACUUUUGAGGGAACUUUUGAAUGAUAGAGAUUUGAAGGUACACAAUGAUCAUAAUGGAGAUCUCAUGAUUAAAAGUAGGUUACGUAACAAAAAGAUUCUUCUUGUUCUUGAUGACGUAAAUAAAUUAGACCAAUUGGAGAAGUUAGCAGGGGAGCAUUGUUGGUUUCGUUCAGGUAGUAGAAUUAUGAUAACAACAAGAGAUAGGCAUUUGUUGGUGUGUCAUGGAGUAACUGAAAUAUACGAGGCUGAAGAAUUGAAUCAUUAUGAAGCUCUUAAACUUUUUAGUUUGAAAGCUUUUAAAAUGGACCAUCCAACUGAAGAUUAUGGAAAGCUAUCUCAAGUUUUUGUAGAUUAUUGUAAGGGGCUUCCUUUGGCCCUUGAAGUUUUAGGUUCUUCCUUGUACGAUAGAAGCAUUGGUGAAUGGAAAAGUAAAUUGCGUAGGCUCCCCAAAUUUUGUGAUGGAGAAAUUCUCAGUGUGCUUCGAAUAAGUUUUGUUGAUCUACCACAACCAGAUAAGGAAAUUUUCUUACAUAUCGCAUGCUUUUUUAAUCACAAAAAUAGAGAUGUUGUCCUCAAAUUUCUAGAAUAUCUUGAGCCUGGUGCUGAAAUUGGAUUGAAGGAUCUUAUUGAUAAGUCUCUCAUUAAAUUGUAUGAAAAUCAAUUGUGGAUGCAUGAUUUACUACAAGAAAUGGGCCGAGAUAUAGUUCGUCAAGAGUGCCCUGAAGAACCCGGGAAAUGGAGUAUGCUGUGGUCAUUUGAAAAUAUCAACAAGGUGUUGACAGAAAAUACGGGAACAGAGAAAAUUCAAUGCAUAGGACUAGAGAUGCAUGAACCAAAAAAUGUAGAUUGGGAUCCUGAGGCCUUUUCAAAGAUGCGAUAUCUAAAAUUGCUUAAAAUUUGUGGUGUUCAACUUAUGCAUGAUCUCAAACAUCUUCCUAAUAGCUUAAGAAUUCUUGAUUGGAAAGGGUACCCUUCAAAAUCGUUGACAUCAAGUUCCCGAUUAAAGAGUUUUGAGAAUUUGAAAUUCAUGAAUCUGAGUGAAUCUCUAAAACUUAUUGAAGCCCCAGACAUCAUUGAAGUCCCAAAUCUUGAGAGUUUGGUUCUUAAAAGUUGUAUAAAUUUACGUAGGAUUCACCCAUCAAUUGGAAUUCAUAAAAAGCUUACUAUUCUUGAUUUACAACGGUGCGAGAACCUCACGAGUCUUCCAAGCAAGUUUAAAUUAAAGUGUCUUGAGGAACUUAAUCUUACUGAGUGCUCAAAAUUAACAGAAAUUCCAGAAUUCGGGAGAAACAUGAAAAGGGUACGCAUCCUUUAUUUAGGUUCUACUGCAAUUACAACACUACCCACGUCAAUUGAGCAUUUGACUGGCCUUGUUGAGUUGACUGUAAAUAGUUGCAAAAAUCUUGAGCAUUUACCUAAUACUAUUUUUAAUUUAAAGUUGGUUAGAAAAGUCUCUCUCCAGUUUUGCUCAAAACUGGAUAGACUGCCAGAGAACCUAGGGGAUGCCGAAAGUCUAGAGGAGUUGGAUUUGUGGGAGACUACUAUAAGAGAGGUCCCUUCUUCCAUUGGUCUCUUAAAACAUCUUCAUUCCCUAACAUUGACUGAAUGUAAGGGGUUAUCAAUGCCAACAAGUCCUCAUCCCAUCGACUUGCUAUUCUCUUCUCUAUCUCUAUCACCUGCGUCUCCUUUGACCCACUUGCUUUUAGGUGACUGCAAUCUCAAGGCAAUCCCUAAUGAUAUUGGUUCCUUAGUCUCUUUAGAAUGGUUGGUUCUAGAUGGAAAUGAUUUUGAUUGCCUUCCGGAAAGCAUCAUUCAACUUUCGAAAUUGAAAUGGAUGCACUUGAAUAAUUGCACAAGUCUUCGAUCAUUGCCAAAGCUUCCAUUGAAUAUUGAACUCGUGGAGGCGAAAGGUUGUAUCUCACUGGAAAUGUUACCAGAUCCAUUAAAACCAAGCGAUUCAUUGGAACCAUCUCUCAAUCUUGAAAAUUGCGAUAAAUUGGAUGACAAUCAAAGCUGCAUAGACUGGUUUAUCUCAGGGAUAAAAAAGUCCCUCAAGCUCUCUCCCGCUCUCCCUCUCUCAGUCCUAAAAGAGUCAUAUAACAUUGUUUUUCCUGGAAGUGAAAUUCCCGAGUGGUUUAGCUACCAAAACAUGGGGAAAGAAGUGAAAAUAAAAGUACCUUCUCAUUUGUGUAAGAACGUGGGAAUUGUUAUUUGCGUUGUGUGCCCCACGCUUGACUAUUCGUUGAUAGCCAAUGGAAAAGAAAUUUCUUUUGAAAGUGGCACAGUUGUUCAGGUUUCAUCAGAUCACCUUCGGCUAGUCUAUGUGACUCCUCAAUUCUUCGACAAGGAAUCAAAUAAAUUAUCGUGGGAAGGUGACGUGAAUGGAUUCCGUCAGAUUAGAAUUGAAAUUGAAACCCAUUAUUCAAGCGUGAAGGUAAAAAAAUGGGGGUUCCAUAUGAUAUACAAGAAAGACAUAGAAGAUCUUGACAUGGAUGUUCUCCAUCAUAAUUUCGACAGUUUGUCAGUGGAAGUGGAAGCAAGUUCUGAUUACAAUAUGGCUGGACCCAGUGGAGAAGGAAGCUCUGAUUGUGAGGAGUCAAGUGAGUACGAGGGUUGCGAUAGGGAGGAAUCUAGUGAAAGUGACCCUGAUUAUUAGUCAACAUUUUUCUCCAGUUUUUUCAGAUCAUGACCAAGGUCAACCACCCAUGCCCAUUUCACAUGUUCAUCUUUAUGGUAAUUAGACCCAAGCAGGCAAGCAAGUAUUUAACAAGAUUGAAAAUGGGAGAAGGGUAACUAAUAGUUCAAAUAACAAAGAAAAGCCUCAACAAUAGCAAGAAAAGCAAAUCCAGACCUUUAGAGAGGGUUCAACUGCAACCAAUCCUGUUGGAGGAGAGCUGCAAGGGUAGGGGAUGGAAAUAGCGGGGAUCCAAUUUCUUUUUUAAAAAUAGAGAAUAUGCAUGUCCAUAGCUGCUUGUGAGGAGUCAAGUGAGUGAUUAGUGACCUGAGAUUUUUUCAUUGGAAGGAAUUUUGUGAAGUGACCCAGAAGGUUGAUCAAUGCUUUUCUCUCUAUCGCCCAUCUGUGAUUUACCACAAGAGAAGUGCGUUUGGAUCUAUUACUAAAUGACCUUAGCCAUCUGAUGCCUUUAUUCAAUGUUGGGAAAUCAUCAAAGACUUCAUCUUCCCAUGUAAUGCUUGUGAAGAAGAAUUGAUCAUGAGCAGGGCAAAACUGUUCAUGCUCAUUUCACAGGAUAAAACAAACCAGAAGACUUGGCCUCCAUAGGCAAGCAACUGUGCAGAAAAGGUUGAAAAAUAGAGAAGCUAUCCUGCUUUGAUUGGACCUGAUUAGAGAGCUGUACUCUCCAGAAGUAGCUGCUCAAAUUUUAGCUAUCUCAAGCUGUGGAGUUACUGAUAAGCUGCUAUGGCCUCAUACAACACAACAUAGUAUGCACAAGCCUAUGAUGCACAACAUGUUGAUUAGAGUAACUACUGGAGAGUUCCAAGGGGAGUGUGUCCAGUUGUGGAGGGAUGGCAAGUGUUGCUGACAGUUGAGGGGCACUGGCAGAGCAGAUGCAAAUGGGGUUGUUUUGCCUAUGUAGCUAAAUCAUGGGCUGGCAGAUAAUUUUUCAGCCUGUUCCAGUAACGCCGUAUGCAAAAAAGUGAAAGCUUACUUUUUGAGAAGCAUAUUUUCCAGGUUGUUCUGGUUAGUGGAAGAUUGGAGGACCUGUGGAAAAGAAGAAGGUUCCUUGGCAACUUGGUGCGUUGAUUGAAGAACACAAGUGCAAGGAAGUUGGAGAAUGCCAGUGGUGUACAUUUGCUGUGUACCGGAGUCACUAAUGAGGCCUGCACAAGUCUCUAAUGCACAACAAGCAGAUCAAAGUAACUGCAGGAAAGUACCAAGGCAGGUGUAUCAAGUUGUGGAGGGUUGUAGGUGUUGCUGACAAUUUAGGGACGCUAGCAGAGAUAGUGUGAACGGGGUGGUUUUGGCUUUGUAGCCAAAUCAAGUGCUGGCAGGCUGUUGCAGUUCUUCCAUAUGCAACCAAAUGGCAUGCAGCUAGAUGCCCCUGUUCGGAAAGCAUUAACUAAGGCUAUACAGCUUGGUUUUUGUAGACUUGUUUCCAUCAUUUCUAAGAGCGGAGGAACUCCUUUUGAGAAGAAGGUUUCCUUGGCAACUUGCUGUGCUGAUUGAAGGCCACAAGUGCAUAGAAGUAGGAGAACAUUAGUGGUUGUAUAUUUUGUGCAUAAGAGAGUUGCUACAGAUGUUGGGGUCUUGCUGUUGCUUCAAAGUCUUUUGAACAUUUUUGGACUCUACUACCAGCCAACGCUUCAGACAUUAUUUUGUAUUAUAAACCAUACCCAAAAAGAAAAGAGAAGACAAAAAGAAAGAAGUUAAAUUAACACCUUUUCUGGACUAAAGCUAGUUGCAACUACAUGCAAUCAUUAACAUUGUAAGACAUCAUAUAAGAGAUUCAUGUCUUUGCGUGAAAAUCAUAUUCAUCUCUCCUUUUAGAUUCAAAUAAGAGCAAUUGAAUUAACUAUCUAA